ACACACCGAAGCUAGCUAGUCUUUGAAAAUCCAGAUGCCCAAGAUUUCUCCACUCCAGACCAAGAUCUCUUCCUCGUUUUCAUGAAUAUCAUUCCUCCCCAUAAAAAAAAUUAUCCAAAAAAAAAACUAUUAUCAGAAGAACUUCAACUUUCAUUUCCUUUUCUCAAUUUCUUUUCUUUCUUUCUUUCCUUUCCACUAUAUAAGUACCCCCCGUCCCCCUUCUACGAGCCCCCACCACCAUUUGCUUCUUCCCUUCAAAUUCCCACCUCCCAAACACCUUCUCUAUCUCCCAUGGCCAAGUCUCCUCCCUCAAUUCCCACGCAUUUCUUCUGGGUGUUCAUUUUGAGCCGUCUGAUGGUGAUCAUACAGAAUCUACGGCCCAAAUCCACCAGCCUCCUCCCACAAGGCCUUCUCCCCCUUGAUGUUGCCACCAAGCUCACUUCAGAUAUUGAUGCCAUUGCACUGGCUUCCAGUGACUUUGGCAAGCUGGUUCGAAUGAUCCCGGCCGCCGUCCUCUCCCCGGUCACCGUAGAGGACCUCAUCUUCCUCAUGAAGUCCUCAUACAACUCCCCGGUCCAGGUCGGGGUGGCCGCGCGAGGCCACGGCCACUCCGUCCGGGGCCAGGCCAUGGCCAAAAAUGGGGUUGUGGUGGACAUGAGGGCCUUGAAUUAUAACAGUGGCAAUGGGACUAGAAUUAAGGUUUCGCGAAACCCUUCUUCGUCCUCUGGCGGGUUUCACGCCGACGUCGGCGGGGAGCAGCUCUGGAUCGACGUGUUGUACGCCGCGCUCAAGCACGGACUUGCACCGGUCUCGUGGACUGAUUACUUGUACCUCACCGUCGGCGGCACGCUCUCAAACGCCGGAAUCAGCGGCCAAACUUUCCGUUAUGGUCCUCAGAUCAGCAAUGUUCAAGAACUCGACGUUGUUACUGGGAAAGGAGAGUUUGUGACUUGCUCCUCACACAUGAACUCUGAGCUGUUCUAUGCUGUUCUGGGAGGCUUAGGUCAGUUUGGGAUUAUUACCAGAGCCAGAGUUGCCUUACAGCCUGCCCCAACCAGGGUGAAGUGGGUGAGAAUGAUUUAUGAUGAUUUCAGUGCAUUUACCAGAGAUCAAGAGCAUCUGAUCUCAAUCAAUAAUGGUGGAAAAGGAAGCAAUAAUAACAGAGGACUGGAUUACUUGGAAGGCUCCCUCAUUUCACACCACAGCCCCAUUAAUAACUGGAGAUCCUCCUUUUUCUCCCACUCUGACCUCUCCACCAUUCACUCCCUUGUCAAUACCCAUGGUCUCCUCUAUACCCUAGAAGUAGCCAAGUAUUAUGAUGAUUUCACUGCCCAUACCAUUGAUCAGGAACUCCAGCAAUUGCUUGAAGGAUUAAGCUAUCUACCUGGCUUAAAGUUCACAAAGGAUGUGACCUAUGUCAAUUUUUUGAAUAGGGUAAGAAAGGGAGAGCUAGAGCUUCAAUCAAAAGGGUUGUGGGAUGUUCCUCAUCCAUGGCUCAAUCUCUUUGUUCCAAAAUCUCACAUUUCAGAUUUCAACUCGGGAGUUUUCAAGGAUAUUAUGCUUAAUCAAAACCAGAUUGUUCUUGGACCCACUCUCAUUUAUCCCAUGAACCGAAAUAAAUGGGAUGAUAGAAUGUCUGCAGUUAUACCAGACGAAGAUGUUUUUUACACCAUAGGGUUCUUGCAUUCGGCAGGUUCAAAUAAUUGGGAAGUAUUUGAUGAGAAAAAUAAGCAAAUUUUGAGGUUUUGUGACGAAGCUGGCAUUGAGUUCAAGCAAUAUCUCCCCCACUACACCAGAAAGGAAGAUUGGGUGAAUCAUUUUGGAUCGAAAUGGACUACUUUUCAAGAAAGAAAAGCUAAAUUUGAUCCCAAAAUGAUAUUAUCACCCGGCCAAAGGAUUUUCAAUUCAAUUAAGUGAACGACAAGAUGGAUGUGGAAUUAAUUGAGCUGAUGAAAAUCCAAAAAAAUAAAUCAUAUAUAGUUAUUUAUGUGUAUUUCAUACUAAUUAUCAAUAAAAUCACAGUAUACUAUAUUAUUUAAAUGUACACGAUAUAUUUUAUUACAAGUCGGUACGAAAUGCACCUAAAAACUUUGUUCAAA